AUGGAAUCCGGCCCGGAUGGUGGUCAACUUCGAGACGAUACCAUCAACACUGACCCAGGCACCUUCGACCCCCAGAAUUCCCAACCCAGCCUCAACCAGCUCCAGCCGCUCGACCCUGCUCAGGCCUUGACCCUUCUACCUCCUUGCCCGCUUCAUCCUGCCGACGCCGAACUCACAAGCAGCCUUGCCAGCAACCUUUCGUCCUACGACAGCGUCGCCGCCAGAGCAGCCCAACCGAAUAGCCCUGAUUCAAAUUCCACGCCGUAUCACGACUCCGCCUCAAUCGACAACCACCAUGCACAGCCGUCUCCUGUAGAUGCCGGCGACCUCUACGAGAACAAUCGAACGCCUGACGGAAGCUCAGUACCGUACAUGAUUCCCAUGGCUGCGACAUCUUCCUCACGCCCUUCUCUCAGAUCCUAUGAUGACGGAGCCGCACCCAAGCAUCCGACAGCUCCCGCUUGCCGCAACCUGCCGCGAUCAAACCUGCGGUCUGUCUCGAGCCCCCAGGGUAGCAGAUGCUUCACAAACGCCAGUGCCCCCAAGAUCCCAAGCGGUAAACCUAGUGUCAAGGACUUGAAGAAGCGCUUCGAUCAGAAUGUUGUUGUCGGGGUUCCCACAAUUCCACCACUUCCAUCCCGAGCUCGCACUACCAGCUCUAAAGUUCCAAAGCCUUCGCCACGCGGGAGCCGCGCACUCUCAAGUCAUAGAUCCUCCGAGGCUGCUGUUGCGGAAACUGGUGCUCUCGACUCGGCUUCAUUGCCGCUGCGGCAAUCUAGGUUUGUGGCUGACCAUCAAGCUUUCAGUAGCAUACAAUCAUUUGCAACGCGCGUGGCCAAGCCGCGAAAUGCAUCUCAGAUCCCCAUGCUCGACACGUCGAGAAAAUUCUCCUCCCAUCACCUUCAUCACCAAGUCCCUUUCGUUUCCCGAGGGUCUGAGACCCGAGGUCUUUUGUUCGGCGAAGUUCCUCCGAACCAGCAUGAUCCCUCUCUAGGAGGUUUCGGCAUCGACGGUGUUCGUCAGCGAAGAACGUCGGAACCUAGUGAUCAUAUUACCGCAUCGCGCCAGCGCAGCCUUUACAGCCCAGGUCCUGAAUCAUCGGCGCCAUCACCACCUUCCCAUCUCAGCUCUCCAAACCAACCAGGCGAAGAGCUUGCUGCAAGCCCCUCCCAUCCGUACCCUCGCUCUCGUUCGCACAGUGAUGAAGCUGGCUCAUCUCCGUCGUCGAGAAUGGCCCGCAAUCGGAGCUCGACAUCAUCGCCGCGCUCAUCCAAACUCCCUGUCUCAGUUCGCAAGUUUAGCACCCCCAGUAACUCCUCGAGUCCGUCCCCCACUCGAUCAAGCUCGCCGUCCACGUUGAAACGCCAUCAGCCGAAUGGAAGACUUCUCAGAGCCAGUCCCGGCGCAGGCCGAGCCAAGACUCCAACUCAAGGCCGCAAAUCGGGACCAACGAGCCACAGAGACGCCAGUUUGCCGGCCUACAUGACUGUACCCCCGUCAAAUCUGUCCCCUACACUUCGAAGUUCCCGUCCCAGGCAGCCUGUCUCAAUAGCCUCAACUCCCACUUCUAGGAUGAAGGAAUCUGAAGUGACCUCAUCGGGCAAAGCUGGUGAACUCGCAACCAGGCGACGCAAGGUUUCGAUCGGUCCCAUAGACUUUGAACAGAGACGAGAACACAUCAGGCUCGCUUACACAAAAUCCAUUCGGGAGAGUGAGGCUCUAGAAGCAAGUCACAGAGCCGUCGUCGAUGAACCCGGCCACCUCAUACCUACUCCAGUGUCCGAUAAGUACACUGGCGAGGACAGUAUAAGCCCAAGAGCCAGUGUAGCACACCCAACUCCACAUGCUGGCGACACCGAACCCGACAUUCCGAAUCCAAGCGGUAACGACGGGAACGGUCGACUAGUGGACAACAGCACAGUUCUUUCCGAGAAGAACGAUAAACAAGAUCAUUGGAGUGAUCCGCGAUCCGGGAACGCAGUUGCAACACCCUCUCUCACAAUAUCUACUGAGAAACGACCUCCUGCCGCUGAGCAGGAUUCACCAACACUCGGCUUGCCCGGAAGCUUUCCUGAUGAAAUGUCACCGAGGAUGGAUGAAGGGCCGCCUAGCCCAGCAGUUUCAGAGACUUCCAACACUACCGAAUUUGACACCGAACCUCAGACGAAUCCACCUGUUCAGGCUCGAUCACCGCUCGACGCGGUCGAGCCGCAGAGCCCCCACAAGCGUCAUCCAUCGCCUGGUGCGCCCACCGAGUAUCGAUAUUCUCAGGAUCAAGAGUCCGAAUUGCCAGUCCUCGUAGCCGCUCCAUCGAAAUCUUCCAUCACAGCCAUCGACGAGACUCUUGUAGCGGUCGUACGGCCGUCCAGCGACUUUACCCACCGAUCAGAAGGUGAGGGUCCUGAAAAUGAUUCAUUUCCGCCUCGACACUUCGACAUUAUACUAUCUACAGUUUCUCAGAAAGAGUACGCGCCCCGCGAGAUUGAGAAGCACUCGAUACCUUUUCCGAGCCUUGACUCGCUGUAUGAAUCCGAUUGCGAGUUGAACCUGGAUCGCCGUCGUGUAGCAGACAAAGAAAACCACCCCGAUCAGGAUGGUGUUUGCGACACUUGUACUGGAGAAAUGGAUCACCGUAAAGGUCACGAAGGGUGCCAGAGCUGUCAUGACGACCUUGCUCGUUCCUGCGGGACUUCAACAUGCGCAUAUUCUGAAGCCUGUGUGUAUGAAAAUCUGCAGCACCAAGAGGCCGAUGCCUCUUCUUCUGGCAAAUUCCUGAUGCCAACAUCCGGAUAUGAGGACGGGAAGCCGGGCAGACAAUCUGCGUGGACCGACUUUUCAGUCGACAGUACUGACCAGUCAGAACUACCGAGAUCGUCUGAAGGACAAGGCACGUCUGAAUCACCAGCAUUCGGCCAUGUCACAAUUUUCAGCUCACAUCCGGGCUCUUCGACCCAUGACGAUGAUAACCCUGGACUCGAGACUCGAUAUUGUUCCGAAUCCACACAACCUGCCACUGACUUCGGGCCACAUCAUUUGCCUGAGUUGGACACCGGAGUUGGUUUCUCGGUUCUCUAUCUGACACGCGAAUCGAGCGACAAUGCCUCAUACGUUCCAUCACCAUCCCACGAGCCCCCUCCAGUACCACCAUCGAUACCAGGGUCCGACUUGAACUCGAGGACGUCGAGUGCAUAUUACGAGCAGUCUCAAUACGGAAGUACCCUCCUCAACUCCGAACGGGGUAGUGACGAGUCCAUGUCCCAUGCAGGAACUUCACGGUCGAUCGAUUCGGCGUCCCUCACCACUACCGAGCAGUACAUGAGCACACAAACACCGGCAGAUAGUGAUAGCAAGUCGAUCACGCAAGACGGCGGAGAGCUAACUGACAAAGACAGACAACGCCUAAUUCAGAGGAGAAAUGUUAUCAAAGAAUUGCUCGACACGGAGGCUGUCUUUGUUCGAGACAUGAACAUCGUGGAGGAGAUUUACAAAGGAACUGCGGAGGCAUGCCCCAAACUCGAUGGCCAGACAAUCAAGUUGAUUUUUCGAAACAGCGACGAAAUCAUUGCUUUUCACACGUCAUUCCUUGCGGAACUCAAAGACGCGGUUGCCGACGUCUAUGUGCCCAAGGGAUCCCGAGGGGCGCCACGGGACGAUUCGACGCUAUCUUCUGCAAGUUCUACAAAGAUGGCGGGUCCGAGUGAUAUGAAAGACCGGUCUACUUCCUUGGGACCUGUUUUCAAAAGCAACAUGGAGCAAAUGAAGCUGGUGCAUGAGGGCUUUCUCAGGGCCAGUGAUCAAGCUGCCAAGAGACUUAUACAGAUUCAGCAGGAUCCCACGGUCAAGGUCUGGCUGAACGAGUGCAACGAAGUAGCAAAGGACUUGACGGCUGCGUGGGACCUGGAUUCUCUUCUCAUCAAACCCAUGCAACGGAUCACAAAGUAUCCGAACCUCAUCAUUACCCUUCUUCAAUACACCCCUCAGGACCAUCCCGACCGAGAAACGCUGCUGGGAGCUAAAGAUGUCUUGGAGACUGCCAUCAUCGAAAUAAACAAGAGCAAGAAGAACUUUGAGCUUGUCGGUCAAAUUGUGGGCAGGAAGAGAAAGGAGUCGGACGUAAAAGCCGGUUUUGCUCGAGCUUUCGGCAAGCGAGUUGAUAAACUACAAGGAUCCAACAUGCGAGCCACAGGAGACGGCGACUACGCGAAGCUCAACGAGAAGUUUGGAGAUGAUUACCUGCGACUUCAAGUUGUGCUUCGAGAUGUCGAGUUCUAUACUCGACAGGUAUCAGCCUACGUUCACGAGUUCCUUCAAUACAUGUCGUCGAUUGAACUAGUCAUGCGUCUUCAGCCCGGAAGCUAUCCAGAACUCGAGAGCAAAUGGGUGCAGUUCAACAUUUCGGUCCGCGAUCUCGAAAAAGUGGCCCUGGAGGAACAUUUGUCGCAAGUCCGCAAACACGUCAUUGAACCCUUUGAGCACGUAAUCAAAGCAUACGGCAAUCCUUCUUUGGCCAUGAAAAAGAGACAAAAACGCCGGUUGGACUUUGAGCGCUCUGAGCAGCUGAAGCGGAGCGGGAAAAGCCCAGAUUCAAAGUUGAAGGAGCUGGUCGAGCAGUACGACGCGCUGAAUGAUGCGUUGAAGAAGGAGCUCCCGCAACUUUCCGCCUUGACCGAAAAGGUCGGCAACAUCUGCCUCGGGAAUUUCGUGAACAUCCAAGCCAGGUGGUAUUCAAUAUGGACGGAAAAGAUGAAGGUAGUGCUGAGCGACUGCUCCGACAUGCCUGACCUCAAGGAGGUCUUGUCGACGUUUGAGCGAGACUUUCCUUAUGCCAAUGACCAACUGUCCAGCAUUGGCAUCCUCAAUCCGGCAACAUGGGGACGAACGUCACUCUCGACAUCCGUGAGCGUGGACGACGCGUCGUUUCGAACGCGGGCGCGAGGCUCGGACAUUGAAUCGAGAAGCCGAGGCCAAUCUGUAAGUGGAGAUAUGGCGCCGACGUUGCCCGCGCCGGAUUUCGGCAAUCGACGCAGCGACUCAUUCACAAUGUCUCCGAACAACGGCGCCACGGGAUUCGCGAGUGGGAACAUGCCGAGUCCACAUCAUUACUACUACCGUGACUAUUAUGCGGGCAUUCACUCCUGCCAGGGGGGGCUCACCUCACCUCGGUCGCCGGAAUUUCCCAGCAGCUCUCGAUCCGGCGCCGGUGCGGGAGUUGCGUCGACCAGGCCCAGCACGGGCCGGAGUUGCGAAUCGGGCAUGCUUCGACGAAGCUCGGAUACGGCCGGGCAGAACCAUCGCGACUCCAAUGCAACGUACCAUUCGAACCACGCGCCACAGGAAACGCAACGAGAGCCGCGCCGAUUCUCCAACAUGUUCCACUCGGCCAUGCCCAUGUCGGAUGGGCCAGACGAGAGCAGCAGCCAACGUCAGUCAAGGGCAUCGUCACGCGAACGCAGCCAGACGUCGGACGGCUACAACGUGUUGUGGCUAGCGGCGUCACUUUUCGAAUUCAACAUUUCCACCACCAAACACGAGGCUGGAUAUCCCUACCUAACGUAUCAGGCUGGAGAGAUAUUCGACGUGAUUGCCGAAAAGGGCGAGCUCUGGUUAGCAAAGAACCAGGACGAUCCCAACGACCAAGUCGGUUGGAUUUGGUCAAAACAUUUUGCCAAACUGGCAGAUUCGUAG